GGUUUGUACCUUUGGGCUCGCUUGCUUGCUCCUCUGCUCCCUUCUCUGCUUUUCUUUGCUUUCCUUGCUGGAGAUUGGGAGGCCUGGAUUGAAGCCAUCUCCCCCCUGCUGUCCACAUCUUGCUGCUGCUUCCUGGCCUCCUGCAACUUGGUAAAAGGUGGCUUUGGUGGUUCUUGCUUCCUGUGGGGGAAGAACUGCACCGAUUGGGGGUUUCUUGCUGGUUCUUGGGCUGGAUUGGUAGGCUUUUGUGCUGUGGGUUUUUUUGGAUUGGAGGUGGUUGCCAUGAGGCCGGAGGAGAGGAAGGGUGUUGUGGCGAGGAGGAGGGACCAGUUCCCCGUCGGCAUGCGGGUCCUCGCCGUCGACGACGACCCGGUGUGCCUCAAGGUGCUCGAGACCCUGCUGCUGCGCUGCCAGUAUCAUGUGACAACAACAAAUCAGGCUGCCAUCGCGCUGAAAAUGCUGCGGGAAAACAGGGACAUGUUUGAUCUAGUUAUCAGUGAUGUCCAUAUGCCAGACAUGGACGGCUUUAAGCUUCUUGAGCUUGUGGGGCUUGAAAUGGACCUCCCUGUCAUCAUGUUAUCUGUGAAUGGAGAGACCAAAACUGUAUUGAAGGGGAUAACUCAUGGUGCCUGUGACUAUCUCCUUAAACCCGUUCGAAUUGAAGAGCUCAGGAACAUCUGGCAGCAUGUUAUCAGGAGGAAAUUCGGUAAUCGCGACCGUGGUAAUAUCGACAUCUAUGAAGAGUGCAACAAGCCACCAAAUGCGGAUUCAGACCAUGUGCAUGGCCAUGUUUCAUGUGUAUCACCUGACCAAAGUGGGAGGCCCAGCAAGAAGAGGAAGGAAUACUGUAGUGAAGAGGAGGACGAGGGUGAGGGCAAUACUCAAGAGAUUGACGAUCCCUCGGCUCCAAAGAAACCAAGGGUUGUUUGGUCAGUUGAACUACACCGAAAAUUCGUUGCUGCUGUCAACCAGCUUGGAAUUGACAAGGCUGUGCCUAAAAGGAUACUUGAGCUCAUGAAUGUUGAGAAACUCACAAGGGAAAACGUUGCAAGUCACCUACAGAAGUACAGGCUCUAUCUUAAACGGCUAAGUGCCGUGGCGUCACAACAAGUUAGCAUUGUUGCUGCUUUGGGAGGUAGAGACCCCUUUCUGCACAUGGGUGCAUUUGAAGGACUACAGGGUUAUCAAGCUUUUACCUCUUCUUCAGCUCUAUCAUCUUUUACAUCACAUGGAUUGCUAAACAGUCCUAGAAACAAUCCAGCAUCGCUUGGGACUCAGGGGGUGCCGGCUUCCAAGUCAAUUCAGACUGUGAAUGGAAGCCAUACAUUAAGCCAUUCAAUUAGUGAUGCAAAUAAGUACAACAUUAGCUUACCAGGAAGCCAGCAUGGAAACUUGGGCCAAGGUUUGGCAACAUCUCUUGGGCAGACCCAGAUGCAGCAAAAGUGGAUCCACGAAGAAACCGAUGAUCUGUCCACCAUCCUUUCUGGGAAUGUCCUAGCUAAUGGUAUGUCUAGCACACUCCAAAAUGUCAGUCCUUUGUUACCUCAAGAACUUGUGGAGUGCACACAAGCCAAAAUUGGCACCCAGCCGUCAGUUCGAACUACCUCUGUAAAUUCAGAACAUCUUGAACGCCCUGUUGGAGUUUCAUCUAGUCUGCUUGACUCUCAUGUAUCCCAGCAGAGUACUGUUCCUUUAUCUGGAUUUUCUGCCAGUGGGUUGCUAAUUCAUGGUUCAUUUAACAAUAGUUGCCCAACCAAAUUGGGUGGUACGUCUUCAGCAUGCGCACCUGCUCGUUCUUCAAAUGACCUUAUGGUAGCAAGAGAAACAAAAGCAGGCGCUAGCUCUUUUGGUGGCACAAUGCUUUUACCUCCAGAUAUGGAACAAAAGUACUUGAAUUUUGGAGGCGGAAACGAUUUUAAACAGAAAUUGGAUGAAAGGGGUGCAGACAAUCUAAUCUUUGAUUGGAAUUCUGUGGCAAGCUCUCAAUUGCCAAGCAACAUUGGAGCUCAUCAUUCUGUGAGCCAGAGAUGGAACAAUAGCAAUAGUAACCGCAGCAAUAUUGGUGCCAGAAUGAUUGGGCAAACAAGUUCAAAUGCUUCAACAGUUAUGCCACAGAUGAAGACCGAUUUAUUCAUCUCAGGAGAUAUGUUGAUGCCGAAGAAUGUAUCCGAUUUGAGCAUUCCGAAACUUCAAAGCGAACUUAGCUCUAGCAGCUGCAGCUUCGAUGGUCUUCUCAAUUCCAUAGUCAAAGUGGAGAAGGAUGAUGUUACCUUCAGCGAUGACCUGGGAUGCGGCGAUUUCUAUUCCCUCGGCGCUUGCAUAUGACAGAUUCUUGUCUGCAUCACUGCAUCUGUACACAUGCCCCCCGUUGUAGCUAGCAGUGUUAGUUGCUGUGAUCUAUGUGCUGCUGCUAUAGACUAGAGCUGUAUCUAUAUGUAUAUGUAUUGUAGCAAUCUGGAAGACGAGAUGGGUUGCCAACUCGAGCUAGAGAGAGGUUGAUUUGAUGGCUUGUUCGUAACCUGAGUUCCUUGUCAACUUCUUCAUCAUCGUCUUCAUCCUUUGGUUUGGCACCAAGCAGCGCGGCGCGGUUGCUUCUAGGUUGGGUCGCGGCCGGCCGCCGGCGAAAUGGCAUGGAGCGUCGCCGGCAGUGGCGGCAUCGGGGAAGAAUCUGCUGGCCGAGGCAGGAUGAUUUACGCCAUUUACGGGUUAGGGCUCACGUUUGAAUUCGCCUUAAAGAAGACGUGUCUAAAUUUCAUAUAUUUUCAUGAACAUUUACAAUUUAAUCUAUAUCCAACAUCACCCGACAAGUUCCCUCCCCACCCCCACACAUCAAAC